ACAUCUCUAGUAUAUACAUUUUGAGUGAAAAUUUCUUCUCUGGUCUGUGAAAAUUUCUUAAUACAAUUUCGCAUGCAAUUAAUUUGCUGUUGUGCCCAAACGAUUUGUUAUUGGAAAGCAAUGUCACCGCACCGCUGAUGCCACUCGUGUCAGCUACCCGUCUUGGCCCGCUGCAAAUUGAGCGAAUCAGCUUGUUGGACAUUCAAGCAACAAACUCUAGCCGGAUAAAGGCUGAACUGGCAACACUGCAGUCGCCAGAGCCGCCGCCGACACACUACUCGGGCAAAAUGAAUAAACCAAAGUGCACGUUGGCUUUUUGUUAAUUUUUCGCAAUUUUUGAUUCGUGUCGUCAUCUUGCCAUCGCCAUCGUCAUCGUCAUUGCCAUUGUCAACUGUCGCCCACCAACACCACCCGCUCAGGCUCAGACCCUCCCACCAUCUUCGACAGUCUUGUGGGGGAACACCGACGAACACCAUUUGGCAGAGCAUUGAUUGAGCCCCGCACCAACACCUGAAGCAUCAUCUUCUCCUCAGCAUCUCUCUCUCUCUCUCUCUCAGUCGUUGUCAUAUUUCAAUAAAAACUGUUCAGUUAUGUCAUCGACGGCCGGUAAACGCAAGGAGAUCUACAAAUAUCUCGCACCAUGGCCCCUCUACUCCAUGAACUGGAGCGUGCGGCCGGACAAGCGUUUCCGCCUGGCCCUGGGCAGCUUCAUUGAGGAAUACAACAAUAAAGUGCAAAUCAUUAGCUUGGACGAGGACACCAGCGAAUUUAGUGCUAAAAGCACCUUUGAUCAUCCAUAUCCGACGACAAAAAUCAUGUGGAUACCGGACUCGAAAGGCGUUUAUCCCGAUUUGCUGGCCACUAGCGGUGAUUACUUGCGCGUUUGGCGUGCCGGGGAGCCGGACACACGACUUGAGUGCGUUCUGAAUAACAACAAGAACAGCGACUUCUGUGCACCGCUGACAUCGUUUGACUGGAACGAAGUGGAUCCCAAUUUGGUGGGCACCUCAUCGAUAGACACAACAUGCACCAUUUGGGGCCUGGAGACGGGACAGCCGCACGCACGCGUCUAUGUGGCGGGACAUGUGAAGACGCAGCUGAUAGCACACGACAAGGAGGUCUAUGACAUUGCAUUCUCACGUGCCGGCGGUGGUCGGGACAUGUUCGCAUCCGUGGGCGCCGAUGGUUCCGUGCGCAUGUUCGAUCUCAGGCAUCUGGAGCAUUCGACCAUUAUUUAUGAGGAUCCUGCCCACACGGCGCUGCUGCGUCUCGCUUGGAACAAACAGGAUCCGAAUUACUUAGCCACAGUCGCCAUGGACUCGUGCGAAGUUAUUAUUUUAGAUGUUCGUGUUCCUUGUACACCCGUUGCAAGACUGAGCAAUCACAGAGCGUGCGUCAACGGUAUUGCGUGGGCGCCGCAUAGUUCCUGUCACAUCUGCACUGCCGGUGAUGAUCACCAAGCACUGAUCUGGGAUAUACAACAAAUGCCACGCGCAAUCGAGGAUCCAAUUUUAGCCUAUACAGCUGCCGAGGGCGAAGUCAAUCAGAUACAAUGGGGCGCCACACAGCCCGAUUGGAUAGCCAUUUGCUACAACAAAGCGUGCGAGAUCCUCCGAGUCUAAGAGUCAAUUUUGUCCCCCGCCUACCUGCCUCCUGGCUGUGUGGGCACUGAAAGCACUUGGAUGUUAAUUGCUAAAAAUAACGCACAGUCGAAUCACACCCACACACAAGACACACACACACGGACACACUUGCUGUUGGUAGAGCGGAUUUAUGUUCGAUCGUUUAAUCGCAUCCCCCGACACUUUUUUGAUUCAAAAAACCCUUUGGUCCGUGUAGAAAGAAAGCGAACGAGAGCGAGCGAGCGAGUGAGAGCAAGAGGGGUAGAGAGAGAGCGAGACAGACGACCAAGUGGAUUAGGUGCGAGGAGGGAGCGUCGCGCUCUGAUUGAACGAUUUAUGAAUGUAUUUUAAGAUUAUCUUAGCUUAGUUGAUUGUACGAGAAUAUAACGCAAGUCGGGAAUCUAUAAGGUAUAACCAAAAUAUGUAUUUCUAACUGUAGUUUAUUUAACAGCCCCCACCCCCCAAGACCCCACUUGAACACUCUGCUUAUUAUGAUUAUUAUCAAGCAAAGAUCUAAGAGAAGAUUCACCAGAGACAAAGCAACAUUUUGUUUAAAUGAAGGAAAGAAACACAA